UUUUUGCCUUUUUCAAGACAAACUAUAAAUUUGUGAUCUGUUUUUAACGAUUUACAAACAAGAUAAAAAAGUCCUGGAAGUUGAAACAAGCUCUGAUGUUGGAGCAUUAUCCUUGCCACCACAGUUCUUACUUACUCCACACUCAGAAGGUGCAGUCCGUGCCACAUUCUUGGUCCCAGACAGACGGAGGCUCAAACAGUCCUGCUCUCCGUGUCCUUUGGUUGGGCAAUCACACAGCGAGCCACCCAAACAGCAACAGAGGAAGACAGUGUUUUGAGCCGAAGAGACGCUCCUCAGUGCCAGAGUUCGUCUUGUUCUCACUGUGACACAAUCUGCCUCCCUGUUUACCAGAUAACAGACAGACUGCAGGGACGAGCUGGAGGGCCGGGGGUACUCAUGGAGUGUGUGUGUGUGUGUCUAUGCGUUGUUAUGUUUGGGCUUUUCUGAAAGGACGUAUUUAAUCAUUAACACUAUGCGCAACACAGCAUGUAUAUUUUCAUUGUCAUCUUUCUUUCCACUGUUUUCUGUUUAUGUUUUAUCUCAUCCUCUCUCUCUCUCUCCGACUUUUCCUCUUCCUCUCCUCUCUCCGGUUCUUCUGGUGUUUUCUUUCAACAAGGCCACGUAAAGUCAACAAAGGAUGUUGCGUCAGCUGUUGUGUCACUGCUUCAUCUCUCUCCCCAGUAGACAUGGUGGACACCCAGCAGCUCCUAGCCUGGCCUGUCGGGUUCAGUCUGAACGCCGUGGAGCUGUCGGAGCUGGACGACAGCUCCCACUCCCUCGACAUGAAGCAUUUGUCCACGUUGGACUACGCCUCCAUCUCCUCCUCCUCCAUCCCGUCCUCCCUGUCUCCCCCGCUUGUAUCCUCCAUGUCCUCUGCCGGUAUGGCCUAUGACCCCAGUCCGCCGCAGAACGAAGAACAACUGACCAACAUGGACUACACAAACAUGCACAGCUACAGAACGGAGCCAGACAUGCACAAUUUGAUCAAGCUGGAGCCGGAGUCGCCUCCACAGUACUCUGACAAUACCGUGUUCUCCAAGCUCCAGGACGAUGCGUCGCCAGCAGCGCUAAACAUCGAGUGCCGUGUGUGCGGAGACAAAGCUUCAGGGUUUCACUAUGGCGUCCAUGCCUGUGAGGGCUGUAAGGGUUUCUUCAGACGCACAAUCCGGUUAAAGUUGGUGUAUGAUCACUGUGAUCUUCACUGUCGCAUUCACAAGAAGUCCCGCAACAAAUGUCAGUACUGUCGCUUCCAGAAGUGCCUCAAUGUCGGCAUGUCACACAACGCCAUUCGAUUUGGCCGAAUGCCCCAGGCGGAGAAGGAGAAACUGCUGGCUGAGUUCUCAUCGGACGUGGUGCACAUGCACCCGGAGGCAGCAGAUCUGAGGGCUCUGGCCCGGCAUCUAUACGAGGCCUAUCUGAAAAACUUCCCCCUCACCAAGGUCAAGGCCAGGGCCAUCCUCUCUGGGAAGACCGGAGACAACGUGCCUUUUGUCAUCCAUGACAUGAAGUCUCUAAUGGAAGGAGAGCAGUUUAUUAAUUGUAAGCAGAUACCCAUCCAGGAGCAACAGCAGCACUCAUCCGCCCUAACAGCAGGUUUUGGAGGAAUCAUAGGAGCUCACCAGGGGUCCGAGUAUGGCUUUUUGGGAAUGGGAAUGAGCAUCAGCGGACAGGCUCCAUCGGACGCUUUGGAGCUGCGUUUCUUCCACAGCUGUCAAUCACGUUCGGCCGAAGCAGUGAGAGAAGUGACAGAGUUCGCCAAGAGUAUCCCAGGAUUCGUCGAUCUGGAUCUCAAUGAUCAGGUGACUUUGCUGAAGUACGGUGUGAUCGAGGUCCUAAUCAUCAUGAUGGCGCCUCUGAUGAACAAAGACGGGACCCUGAUCUCCUACGGACAGAUCUUCAUGACGCGGGAGUUCCUCAAGAGCCUCAGGAAACCUUUCAGUCAAAUGAUGGAACCAAAGUUUGAGUUCUCAGUCAAAUUCAACACGCUGGAGCUGGACGACAUCGACAUGGCACUGUUUCUGGCUGUCAUUAUCCUCAGCGGGGACCGCCCAGGCCUGCUGAACGUGAAGCCCAUCGAGCAGCUUCAGGAGACGGUGCUCCAUUCGCUUGAGCUGCAACUUAAGCUAAACCACCCGGACUGUCUGCAGCUGUUCGCCAAGCUGCUCCAGAAAAUGACCGACCUGCGUCAGAUCGUUACCGACCACGUCCACCUCAUCCAGCUGCUGAAGAAGACGGAGGUGGACAUGUGCUUACACCCACUGCUGCAGGAGAUCAUGAAGGACUUGUAUUAGAAUUCAGUAGGAGAAAAGGACAAGUAGAGAAAGUGGAAUGAAAGAGAGAAUAAAGAGAUUGUAUUAUUAAAACCAUGACUUGUGAAAUCUUAAUGAUAAAGUACUUUGCACUGCUGGUGUGUUGAAAUAAAGGGAGGUCGCCAGACAGGCUGACUGAAAUUGAGAAAGAGAUGAGGAAGAACAGGAAAAGAGAAAUCGAGGACUGAAAGGCAGAAUCUGAGUGUUCGAUCUUGUCUAGACAGGAGCAUGUGAAUUACUUGCAGCACAGUCAUUUAGCCAGUGCUGAUCCUGGACACUUUGUGAAUAAGUGGGCUGCCAACUUAAAUACGAAACUACCACCAAUCAGGACGAGCAUCUGUGACUAACUGAAAGAGUCGGGACUUUCUUUUUUGGCAAGCCGAAAGUGUAAAAUGGCGAGUGCUCAACACAGCCUGCUUCAAGUGCCUUCAGGAGAAACCACUGUGAAUAUUUUUACACCAUGUGUUACACAGUAGCGUAUGCGUUGUUCAUGUGCAGCUUAUCUAAAUGUUGCGUUACAACUGUCAUAGGCAGCAGCAGUGUGUACGUGCUUCAAUACCUCUGUGAACGCAAAACAAAUGCAUGAAUGCUCACCCGCGCCCACACAAAACAAUGUGCAUGUCAUGUUCUGUUUUGGCAUCAGGGUGAAGGUGCUAUCUCUUUUCAAUCAGCUUUAUCCAAAGACAGAAAUCAGAUUAUUGCCUGUAACGUAACGGCCACAUGCAGAAAGUGUGAAGCCAACAUAAAGCACAUUACCAUGACGGUGAAACCGUAUACGCCAUAUUGUGCCUUUAAGGAUUGCUGUUUGACUCAUUUUUUUCUGUGGAAUAAAUGCCAUCUAAAAAAAGAUACAUUACACAUGUAUAAUGUAUAACAUAUAUUCAUAUGUCAUAUUUUUGUAUGGAUGAAACUCUCUGCCAAACACACUGUUCAGCCUUGUUUUAUUUUAAAUUUUUAAAAAGUGGUUGAGUUGUAAUUUUUGCUAUAAAAUUAUUUUGCAUCCAUGCAAAUUGUCUACUAUGUGUGAUUUAGUUAUGUUGGGGGGGGGGGUCUACAGAGAAAGAGGUUGGGUUAAUACCAGAGGGGGUUGUUGUAAAUAAAAUAUUUUCUAACUUUUUAUUUGAAAUCUGUGUCUUGCUUCAAGUCAUUCGAGCGGACUUGCUAUGUACCGUCAAAAAUAAUUUCCUAGUAAUGUGUUUCUUGAAAGCAUUCCAGCCACCCAGACUCUAUAAAUCUGUUUUGCAGUCAUUACAUCAGUUGUCCUUAGUGUCUCGUACCAAACACACACACACACACACACACCCUGAUGGAGCGAUUGCAACAUCUGAACUCCGCUGAACCGUGCCAGAAAACCAAAGUCUACGGAGAGACGUUUGAUUAGCAAGCGGGGAGGUGGUUUUGUUUUUUAAGACUUUAAUGUUUGUUUGUUUGUUUGUUUUCCAAUUAGGACCAGUUUUUUUAUUCCUUUUUUUUUUAACAGAUCAAUUUACAGUUAACCCUGAAAAGAAAUAGGAUAUAGAGGAGAAAGCAAACAAGUCAGAGUCAAAUACAGGACAUCACAAUGUAGCUCACUGAGACAUCAGGUCACCAAAACACAGGUUCAUUGACACAAAGCCUUCCUGAUGUCUGGCUGUUUGCCAAGUUACAAGUCUUUUGAGUACACAAACUCACAGUAGAUGCUUGCCUUAAUAUAAGAAAUAUACGCUCUAUAAAGUCCACCAUUACAAUCA